UUUUAGGUGGAGAGUAUUUCCAUAUUUCGACUUGUUCGCCUUAACUCAAAAGAACAACAAAAAAAUUAAAAAAAAUCAUUUUAUUAAAAUUAACUUCAGUAAUUAAAACUAUUUUCUUACAAAAUUCUUCAUCCCACAAACUUUGCACUUGCACUUACAAUCUUAGUUUAAAGGAUAUCGAAUAUAAAACGAGAGUAAUGGCAGCAGGAACAACACUUCAAAAAGCAAUUGAUAUUGUUACAAAAGCUACAGAAGAAGAUCGAAACAAGAACUACGAGGAAGCUUUGAGACUUUACGAGCACGGUGUUGAAUAUUUCUUACAUGCAAUUAAAUAUGAAGCACAAGGCGACAAGGCAAAGGAAUCAAUUCGCACGAAAUGCAUUCAAUAUCUUGAUCGCGCGGAAAAACUGAAAACUUACCUAAAGAAAGGGAAAAAGAGGCCAGUAAAAGACGGUGAAAGUUCCAAAGGUAAAGAUAAAGAUAAGAAAAGUGACAGCGAGUCGGAUGGAGAAGAUCCUGAAAAGAAGAAGCUUCAAGGGAAGCUUGAAGGUGCAAUUGUUGUUGAGAAACCUCAUGUAAAGUGGAGCGACGUUGCUGGUCUUGAACUUGCGAAAGAAGCCUUGAAGGAAGCCGUCAUCCUUCCAAUUAAGUUUCCCCAUCUGUUUACGGGUAAACGUGCUCCAUGGAAGGGAAUUUUGUUAUUUGGCCCUCCUGGAACUGGUAAAUCAUACUUGGCUAAAGCUGUCGCUACAGAAGCCAACAACUCAACGUUCUUCUCCGUCUCAAGUUCGGAUUUAGUUUCCAAAUGGUUAGGAGAAUCCGAAAAGUUGGUCAGAAAUCUCUUUGAACUUGCUCGUGAACAUAAACCGAGCAUCAUAUUCAUCGACGAAGUCGACUCUUUAUGUGGCUCGCGAUCAGAGAACGAGAGUGAAAGUGCACGGAGAAUUAAAACAGAAUUUCUCGUACAAAUGCAAGGAGUUGGACACGACACAGACGGAAUUCUCGUUCUUGGCGCUACGAAUAUUCCUUGGGUUCUCGACUCCGCUAUCCGACGACGCUUUCAAAAGCGAAUUUAUAUCCCAUUACCAGAAGAACAUGCUCGUCUUGUAAUGUUCAAAAUUCACCUCGGCAACACGGCUCAUGUUCUAACAGAAGAGAAUUUGAAGCAGUUGGCAAAACAAAGUGACAAAUAUUCAGGUGCGGAUAUUUCCAUUGUUGUUCAAGAUGCUCUUAUGCAACCUAUUAGGAAAGUCCAAGCUGCGACUCAUUUUAAGAGAAUUCGUGGACCUUCGCCUUUGGAUAAAACACAAAUUGUCGAUGAUCUUUUAACACCGUGUUCACCUGGUGAGCCUGGCGCUAUAGAGAUGACAUUUAUGGAUGUUGAUGGAGAUAAACUUUUUGAGCCACCUGUAACAAUGGGCGAUAUGUUGAAUUCAUUGGCUCGAACGAAACCAAGUGUCAACGAUGAGGACAUGAAAAAGCUUCAAAAGUUCACCGAUGACUUUGGUCAAGAAGGAUAAAUUCAAUGAUCCAGCAAGUUAUUUUACAAUGUUGCCUAAAAUAUUCGAUAUAAAUCUUUAAAGGAUAAAAAUAUAAUUCUAACACUUUUUUUCUGAAUGUUUUCAACCAACAAGAUCAGGGUUUUGACUGUUAAUCUCUUUGUGUAAAUGAGGCCAAUGAAUAAAUGAUGAUUUAUGGAUGAAAGAUGUGGCCAAUAAUUGUAUUUAUAGAUAUUUGGUCAUCAAUGUGAAUAAAUGUGGAUGAUUAGCUGCAGUCAAGACAAAAUUCAUUCAUGAUUGUUGCGUCAAAUAGCUUACGUCAAUUUGACUUACGUUUGAGAGAUGAUUUUUACGUGACUUAAGAAAUCUAACGUUAAAUACCUAACUAAGAAAGAUCAAAUGCGUAUACAUACGUUUGAUGCGUAUAUGACUAAGCGUAAGUCGAUGAUUUAUGUAUUUGACGCAACGUAGCUUGAAUUUACGUCACAGAAUAGGAAAUCAAGAUUUAUGUCGAUCACAACAUGUUCUCGUUUUUCAUGACUUUAACGAUUACUCGUUGAAAUCGGCAUAUAAAAUUGUUUUUCUUAAAUUUCGCAUUGCUAUAUUUUUGCUAUUUUUAUAGUUUAUUUCAUUUCUCAUUUGUUUUCUUUUUUGAUAAUUAUGAAAGUUCAUCAGAAUUUUAUUUUUUCAUUGAUGAGAAAAGCCCUUGACAAACCUGAACUUAUUUGUUCUCACUCAUUAACUGGAAAAAGAUAAGAAAUCAAAUUGAAUUUUGCUUUAAUAAAUAAAGAAUUAAAUGAAAUAAAAAUAUCAUUUUUUG